AUGAAUAAGAUUAUUUACAAUCAAUAAAAUUAAGUUCAGAAGACUUAUUCUCAUUUGAUCUGCAUAUAAAAUUAUGGCAAAAAGUUGAAGGUAAUAAAAAUUAGAUAAAUUGUUUAGUAUAUGGUGAUUUCUCAAAGCCAAAAACAAUAGAUACAAUUGUAAUAAUAGUCUCUCUACAUUAUCACUUUCUCCAAAGAAGAUGUUUGUUUUAUCUGAAAAAUUCUUAUCCAAUUAGACUAAUUUUUGAUGAAUAAAAAAGGAUUAAAUAGUAGUUAACAAAAGAAUAAAUAGAAAUUGGUCAAAUAAAAUCAAAUUGAAGAACCCUUUUUUAAAUUCUUCAACUAAUUAGUAAUUAAGGAGGGCUCUAAAUUCUUAUAUACAUGAAUUAGACCUUUAUAAUCUGAUUAAAAAAAAGAAAUUGAAAUCGCACUUUAGUUUAUAAAUAAACUAUUAUAACCAAAGUAAUAGUUAAAAUUUUAAGAAAAUACAAAAUUCUUAUUUUUCAAAUAAGAUAUUAUUACAUUAUGUAAUAUUCAUAAUUAUUUUGGGAUGUAAAGCUCCAAUUAAAAUCUUUGGGGAUCUUUAUGGGCAAUAUAAUUAUUUCUUGAGACAUUUCGAUUUAUGGGGAUCUCCUUUUUUGGAUGGUAAGGAUUGUGAUAUUGAAGCAUGUGAUUAUCUUUUUCUAGGAAGUUUUAUGGUUAGAGGAACAAACUAACUAGAAAUAAUCUUGAUACUUUUGGCCUAAAGAUUAAAUAUCCUGAAUCUCUACAUUUAAUAAGAGGAAAUCAUGAAGAUAAAUGGAUAAAUGAUUUCUUUUGAUUUUCAAAAGAAUGUGCUCAUAGGUUAGGUGAAGAUCCAAAAUCUAAUAAUUCUGUAUUUUUUAAAAUUAAUAAAUUAUUUGAAUGGUUACCUUUAGCUGCAAUUAUUGAAGAUUAAACAAUUUGUUUAUAAGCAAUUCAUUAAGUUUUGUGAAUGA